GCGACGGCUGCGACCGCAUCGGCUCCGAGUCCCGCCUCGAAGGUUACCUUUAAGAUCACACUGACAUCUGAUCCCAAAUUGCCGUACAAAGUGCUGACGGUUCCAGAGAACGCCCCCUUUACCGCUGUCCUUAAGUACGCGGCUGAAGAGUUCAAACAAACGCCGGCCACGAGUGCUAUCAUAACGGAUGACGGAAUCGGUAUUAAUCCGUCGCAAACGGCGGGCGAUGUCUUCUUGAAACACGGAUCAGAGUUACGGCUAAUACCCAGAGAUAGAGUGGGCUGUUGU